AUGGUGGUGGGUCUACAUUGGGGGUGGUGGGUCUACAUUGGGGGUGGUGGGUCUGCAUUGGGGGUGGUGAGUCUGCAUUGGGGGUUGUGCGUCUGCAUUGGGGGUUGUGCGUCUGCAUUGGGGGUGGUGGGUCUGCAUUGGGGGUGGUGGGUCUGCAUUGGGGGUUGUGCGUCUGCAUUGGGGGUUGUGCUCUGCAUUGGGGGUGGUGAGUCUACAUUGGGGGUUGUGCGUCUGCAUUGGGGGUUGUGCGUCUGCAUUGGGGGUGGUGGGUCUGCAUUGGGGGUUGUGCGUCUGCAUUGGGGGUUGUGCGUCUGCAUUGGGGGUGGUGGGUCUGCAUUGGGGGUGGUGGGUCUGCAUUGGGGGUGGUGGGUCUGCAUUGGGGGUGGUGGGUCUGCAUUGGGGGUGGUGGGUCUGCAUUGGGGGUUGUGCGUCUGCAUUGGGGGUGGUGAGUCUGCAUUGGGGGUGGUGAGUCUACAUUGGGGGUUGUGCGUCUGCAUUGGGGGUUGUGCGUCUGCAUUGGGGGUUGUGCGUCUGCAUUGGGGGUUGUGCGUCUGCAUUGGGGGUUGUGCGUCUGCAUUGGGGGUGGUGGGUCUGCAUUGGGGGUGGUGGGUCUACAUUGGGGGUGGUGAGUCUGCAUUGGGAGUGGUGAGUCUGCAUUGGGGGUGGUGGGUCUACAUUGGGGGUGGUGGGUCUGCAUUGGGGGUUGUGCGUCUGAAUUGGGGGUGGUGGGUCGGCAUUGGGGGUUGUGCGUCUGCAUUGGGGGUGGUGGGUCUGCAUUGGGGGUGGUGGGUCUGCAUUGGGGGUGGUGGGUCUGCAUUGGGGGUUGUGCGUCUGCAUUGGGGGUUGUGCGUCUGCAUUGGGGGUGGUGAGUCUGCAUUGGGGGUUGUGCGUCUGCAUUGGGGGUUGUGCGUCUGCAUUGGGGGUUGUGCGUCUGCAUUGGGAGUGGUGGGUCUGCAUUGGGGGUUGUGCGUCUGCAUUGGGGGUUGUGCGUCUGCAUUGGGGGUUGUGCGUCUGCAUUGGGGGUGGUGGGUCUGCAUUGGGGGUUGUGCGUCUGCAUUGGGGGUGGUGGGUCGGCAUUGGGGGUGGUGGGUCUACAUUGGGGGUUGUGCGUCUGCAUUGGGGGUUGUGCGUCUGCAUUGGGGGUUGUGCGUCUGCAUUGGGGGUGGUGAGCUGAGAGUUGAAGAAACUUACCAAAAUUAUCUCCACAGAAGUAUUCAUAUUUUUUUCCUCCGUCUUUAG